AGAUGCAGCUAGAGCAUUUGUGACCGGAGACUACUCUGAAGAAGGCCUUGUGGAUGAUGUGACUGAUUUGUCUUCCUCUGAGAUGUUGACACUUCAAAAUUGGCUUUCAUUCUAUGAGAAAAAUUAUGUAUUUGUCGGGACAGUGAUAGGAAGGUUCUAUGGAAAGGAUGGGCUACCCACCCCACAGUUGGCCCAGGUAGAAGCCAUGAUGACCAAAGCCUUAGAGGCAAAUAAACAGGAACAGAAAGAGAAGCAGAAGUUCCCUCCAUGCAAUGCUGAGUGGAGUGCAACCAAGGGCAGCCGGUUCUGGUGUUCCCCAAAGAGUGGAGGUGUAAGCAGAGACUGGAUUGGUGUCCCCAGGAAACUCUAUAAACCAGGAGCCAAGGAGCCCCGCUGCGUAUGUGUGAGAGCAACUGGUCCCCCUAGUGACCAGCUGGACAACCCUGUACACACAAAUCGUGGAGACUUGGAUGACCCCAGCUUGAGAGAAUACACUGGCUGCCCACCUCUGGCCAUCACAUGCUCCUUCCCACGCUAAGUUUGUGCUCAGUAUGUUGAUGACACUUGAGAAAGAAGUCUUCCCUUGACAUGUGCACCUCCAAUGGCUUCCAGCAUAAAACAGGAGGAUCUAGGACUCUGAUCAAUCUGUGCAAAUGUGCCAUUCUGGUGCCUGAAGCAAGAUUCUGACAACCUUCCUAGUGCCUGCGUUCUUUAAGCCUGUUUGGAUGUUGUUUCCUAAGUCUGCCAGCUGUCUUCCUCCAGAGCCCUCAGAUACUAAUGGGCACAAGUGUAACCAACCCAGAACUAAUGAGACAAAUGAGAUGCAACCAACCCAGAUCUAAUGAAAUACAUGAGAAAAAUCUGAGCUCCACCUUCCUUCCCUCCCAAGGACUCCCAUGUGGCCUGCAUCAGCUGCCAGCAUGGCCCCUUCCUAUUACUCCAGUCCUGUGGGCACCUGGAGCAUGGCAGGGACUGUGACUCUCAGCAGAGACAGGCAGACAUAUCCCAGGAAUCUCU